AUGUGGAAAUCAGCCACUCGAAGUCACAACUUUUCCAGAAAAUUCGAGCAGGCAUGCCGCAUCCCGAAAUUAAAUAUCAAUGGUAGUGAAGUUAUUGGGUUCUUCCACCAUGUAGAUAUGCUCGAUUGUGCUAAGAAUAAAGAAAAAGAGUGGGCUUAUGUUGACGAGAAGGGACUGUUCACCAUAUCAUCUGAUGCUAUCAAACACCAUGGUGAUAUCAAAUGUAUUGUUGCAUAUUUCGAGAGAGUUAAUGACAAUGAGUUGAAAAUUGACCAUCAGAUUCCGAUUACAUCUGGUAGCCCUAUGAUCAAAGAUUACGCUAUUGUAGAGUGCUUUGGAGAUGAUCGAGAAAAGUGGAAACAUUUACUAUGGACAAUUGUUCCUGAUCGGAAAAAAGAGGAAGAUUUGUCUUAUAUCAAAAAACCUUCCGACUGGUCUGGUCUUGACGUUUAUUUCAUAGGCUUCGAUUCAUUAUCUCAGAUGUCAUUUCGCCGUAAACUACCGAAAACAGUCAAGUAUAUUGAAGAAGAAUUCGAUGCAGUUGUGCUUGAUGGAUACAACAUUGUUGGAGAUGGUACCCCGCAGGCAUUCAUACCAAUUUUAACUGGACGGACGGAAGAGGAGCUUCCUCUCACACGCAAGCGUUUCGCAGAGGCAAGUUAUGUUGACGAAGUGUAUCCAUUUAUAUGGAAAAAUUUUUCCGAAGCCGGUUAUAUAACUUUGUAUGCGGAAGACUCAGCAAAACUUGGAAAGUUUACGUAUCGUUUGAAGGGUUUUAAACACCAACCAACCGACCAUUAUGUGCGGACAUUUUUUCAAAGAGCCGAGGAUAUGUUCUCCAAUUUGCAGUGUUUGGGUUCGGUGCCAAUGCACAAGGAAUGGUUUCGAUAUACUGAUGAGUUCAUGGAGAGGUACGGAUAUAACACAUCGAAGUUUUUGCUUGCAUUUCAUAGCGUACUAAGUCAUGAUGAUGUUAAUUUGGUGGAAGUCGCUGAUGAGGAUACGAUGUUGAAUCUCAAAAAAUUAAAAGAGAGUGGCGCUCUUGAUAAUGCCUUAGUCAUUGUGAUGGCCGAUCACGGACAUCGUUUUGCGAAAUUUCGUGCCACUCAUCAAGGGCAGCUGGAGGAAAGGCUUCCAUUUUUUUCCCUCUCACUUCCGAAGAAAUUCAGAGAAAGUAGUAGAGGAAGGACAGCUUGGAAGAACUUGAAAGCUAAUAAAGCAAGACUAGUAACUCCGUUCGACAUACACGCUACAUUACUUGAUAUACUUCACUGGCCGACAGAACUGGAGUUGAAUACUAUGGGUGACGUAAAAUUCCGUUCCUUAUCACUUUUUAAGCCGAUUCCUCCUUCAAGGACCUGUGAAGAGGCUGGUAUCGAAAUGCACUGGUGUACAUGUUUGAAUUGGGAAUCAGCUAUGGAUGAUAGAGAACAGAUAAAUAUAUCUACGAUCUUAAGUAAAGCUGUUGUCCAAACGAUCAAUUCACAUACGAAAUCGCAGCGACACUUAUGUGCUCCUCUGAAAUUGGUAAAGCUGGAAGGUGCUUGGAGACUUGUUCCACAUGAAAAUUUGCUCAAAUAUAAGGACACAAAAGAUGAAGAUGGUUUUGUACCAAAUUUGGUUGCCAAAACCAAAGCUGCAUUUGCACAUUAUCAAUUGAGAUUCGUUACAAAACCAGGAAAUGCUCUCUAUGAGGCAACCGUACAGUACGAUAUGCUGGAAAAUACAGUAACUGUAGAUAUGACGUCAAUCAGUCAUGUCAACAGAUAUGGCGAUUUAUCCCACUGUGUCAUGAACAUAAACUAUUUUUUUAGCACCUUUGUUGUUACAAUUCUUAUUGGAGGACCAGCACUUGCAUGA